GUGAUGUUUGUGCUGACACCCGCUGCGCUGUGUGUCAACAGAGGUGGGGUUUACGACUCCUGUGCUUCCUCCCGGACACAGUAUAAACGCUCACAGAGCACACACUGCUCUUCACUUGCCCUCUCCUGUGUAGAUUUAGCCCUUUCAUUUUAGACGACGAAGAGCACCAAUGGCAUUCUCUAACCGAAGCUUCCAGUGGGGCACAAGAAACCACUUCCAGUCUACGGCACCCAGUGUCAGCGGCUUGGCCCCCAAGAAAACGGCCAUCCAAAAGGUUCAGGCACCGAGCGUCUACGGGGGAGCUGGCGGCUACGGCACCCGCAUAUCUACCAGUACCCGCUACGGACCCGGCCUCGGUGGGAACGUCCCCCUCAACAUCCCCGGGAAUGACGCGCUGCUCACCGGCAGUGAAAAAUACACCAUGCAAAACCUCAACGACCGUUUGGCUUCGUACCUGGAGAAGGUGCGUGCUCUAGAAAAGGCCAACUCCCUGAUUGAAAAGCAGAUCAAGGAGUGGUAUGAGAAUAACACCGCAGACGUAAGGCACGACUAUAGCUCAUACUUCACAACAAUUGAAGAUCUCCGAAAUAAGACUGGCGCUGCACAGCUGGAAAAUGCAAGGCUUGUCCUGCAGAUUGACAAUGCCAAGCUGGCUGCUGACGAUUUUAGACUGAAGUAUGAGAAUGAACACCUGCUCAGGCAAAGUGUCGAGAGCGACACUAACGGACUGCUGGGAGUUCGCGAUGACCUGACUUUGACGAAAGCUGAUCUGGAGUCACAGAUUGAAAGUGUGAAUGAAGAACUAGCUUUUCUUAAGAAGAACCACGAGGAGGACGUGGACAGGCUGUGCAAACAGGUGGGCAGCUCCGUUAAUGUGGAGGUGGAUGCUGCUCCAAGCACUGAUCUUGCAACUAUUAUGGAAAACAUGAGACAGCAAUAUGAGGAAAUGGCAAAAAAGAACCGUCAAGAAGCCAAAGAACAAUUUGACAAACAGACAGAACAACUGAACCAGGAAGUAGCAAUCAACACCGAAGAGCUGCAAGCCCAAAGGAGAGCCAUCACCGACCAGAGACAGACCCUUCAUCAGCUGGAGCUAGAACUGCAGUCCAACCUUAACGUGAAAAUGUCUUUAGAAGACACUCUGGCUGAAACUGAGGCGCGUUACAGGUAUCAGCUAACCCAAAUACAGGGAGCAGUUGCCAAUUUAGAGGCUCAGCUGAGGCAACUCCGAGCUGACAUGGAGGGUCAGAGCAACGAGUACAGCAUAUUGCUGGAUAUCAAGACUCGCCUGGAAAUGGAGAUCGCCACGUACCGCCGUCUGCUGGAAGGAGAGGACAGCGGACAUUUCCAAGAGGAUGUAUCUACAGCAGAGCUUGACAAAGAAUCAAGUAAAGUUAAGAAGAUCAAGACAAUUGUUGAAGAGGUGGUUGACGGCAAGGUUGUCUCCUCUCAGGUCAAAGAGAUCGAAGAGAAGAUGUAAAGAGCCCCAGCAGAGAGGAAGCAGCCUCUGGGCUUCUUGGAGCUGAUGCCAAAACUAGAUUAAUAUAAAGAAACCAGUCUAAUUCUCCCUAAAACCCAGA